GAGCGGAGAAUAGAUGCGCGACUGCCUCGCUAGUUUAUUCAAGGAGGAAGAUAAAGGUAUGAGAGGGGCAGGGCAUGGAGAACAGAAGUAGGCUAGAUUAAAUACAAGUAAGGGUUCUCUUGGUGAUUCUUAGAUCUAGGACUGUUUAUUGACGAGUGUGUAUCAUAACCAACUGACUGCAAGGGAAAUCAUAUACACGUUUUAUUCAUACUAUCAUUAUAAUGCGGAAGGCAUGUCUUGUAAAGUGACAUGUCACGACAGAGCGAUAAUAUCAGCGUAGUCGGUCAAUAGCGAAGUAUUAAGUGAUAGGCUUAUACGGAACAAAAUAAACAGAGGAGAAGGCGAACUAUGAACCGAAGAUGAUUUCUGCUAAGAAAACUCCGGAAAAGAGUCGUUAUCCUAUUCACGAUAUGGUGUGGCACAACAAACAUCGGAAGCUGGAGAAAGCGCUAUCCGCGAACGAGCAGGUGGAUGUGGAGACCCUGGACCCCCGGGGUCGGACCCCCCUCCACCUGGCUGUCACUCUGGGUCACCUGGACUGUGCCCGCCUGCUCCUCCAACAUGGUGCCGACGUCAGCAAGGAGAACCGCAACGGAUGGACGGUGCUCCAGGAAGCAGUCAGCACACGAGACCCAGAGCUGGUGCGUCUAGUUCUGCAUUACCGUGACUACCAGCGGACCACUAAGAGACUGGCGGGAAUCCCUGUCCUCCUGGAGAGACUGCACCAGGCUCAGGACUUUUACGUGGAGAUGAAAUGGGAGUUUACUAGCUGGGUGCCGCUGGUGUCUCGUAUCUGUCCCAGUGACACGUACCGCGUGUGGAAGAGUGGCCAGUGUCUGCGUGUAGACACCACUCUCAUGGGCUUUGAUCAGAUGACCUGGCAGAGAGGAAACCGAAGCUUCAUCUUCCGGGGUCAAGACUCCAGUGCAGUGGUGAUGGAGGUGGACCACGACAGACAGCUGGUGUUCUGUGAGACCCUGUGUGUGUCUUCUCUGACGUCUCCCUCGCCUCAGCGGGGCACUACCGGCCUGGGCCUCCUGGGGGCACUACUGCCCAGCGAGGAGCAGGUGGCAGCCCGCCUCUCCGCCCCCGUGGUCACCACCCAGCUAGACACCAAAAACAUCACCUUUGAGAGGAAUAAGACUGGCAUCCUUGGCUGGCGCAGUGAGAAGACAGAGAUGGUGAACGGGUACGAGGCUAAGGUGUACGGCGCCUCCAAUGUGGAACUGAUCACUCGAACCCGAACGGACCAUCUCAGUGAGCCACUCAAGGCGAAGCCCAAAGGCGGUAAGACGCCCCUUCAGAACUUCCUAGGGAUCGCCGAGCAACACGUGGGGCCCAACAAUGGGGCCCUAGUGACUCAGAUGUCAAGUCCUGCCGUGACCAACCCCACAGCCCUGACACCCGAGGAGUACUUCAAUCCCAACCUGCCCCUGGGCACCCGGGAUAUUGGCCACCCCUGUCAACUCACCACCAAGACUCAGAGGUUCAAGGCUAAGCUGUGGCUGUGUGAGUCCCAUCCUCUGUCCUUAGAGGAGCAGGUGGCGCCCAUCAUUGACCUCAUGGCCAUCUCCAACGCCCUCUUCGCCAAGCUCAGGGACUUCAUUACCCUGCGACUGCCCCCCGGCUUCCCUGUCAAGAUCGAAAUUCCCAUCUAUCACAUCCUGAAUGCCCGGAUCACCUUUGGGAACCUGAACGGGUGUGAGGAGGGGUCUGUGACGGGGCCGGACCGGGUGGAGGGGGAGGUGGACGGACAGAAGGACAGCAGCCCCAGGACUGACACAGACACCCCCUCCCCAGGCAGCGACUCUUCUAGUGUCUCCAGCUCCAGCUCCACGACAUCGUGUCGUGGAGGGGAGAUCCCCCCGUGUGUGUUCGAGCCCCCUCAGGGUUACACUGUGCUGGGAGGCAACCAGAGGGCAAACAACAUGCGUGGUGAUGAGGAGGAGGACCUGCUGCAGUUUGCCAUCCAACAGAGUCUGCUGGAGGCUGGCUCUGAGUACGACCAGGUGACUAUCUGGGAGGCGCUGACCAACAGCAAGCCCAGCACACGUACUCUUCCCUGUGACCCCAGUCGCUUGCAAAGGACUCCUCAGCACAAGCCUUGCCCUCCAGCCAGCCUCUGUAACACACCCACCAAGAAGCCCCCCGCAGCCUGCAGCUACGACCAGCAGCUCCGCCUGGCCAUGGAGCUGUCGGCACGGGAGCAGGCAGAGGCCGAGCUACGGCGACGGCAAGAGGAGGAGGAGCUGCAGCGGACCAUCCAGCUGUCACUCAUGGAGAAAUGAGAGCCUGAAUGGCCAGAUGGGCUGUAGGAGGUAUGGGAAAGGAGGAGAAGGAGGAGGUGCAGAGAAGGUCGUCAAUAGGAGCACCCUACUCCUGGCUGUGACAGCCUUGCUCCUCCGACCGUCCCAUAUCCCCUUUCCCACUGCGCUCCUUCAAUAAGAGCCUGUCUGUGUGGCACAACAGGGCUCUACAGUGCUGAUACAGCUACAGUACAGACUCACUACUCUCUGGUGCCACUCUGCACUCGCAGUCAGUGCAAGUUUACAACAAGAAACAAGAAGAAACACUUUUAUGGAAUGCUACAUUGACCGACCACAUCAGUGGUGCUAGGGUAAUACAAAUUGUGUUUGUGUGUGAAGGCCAUGCGUUAAUAAACAGUCCUGUGAUUGGGGGAUAGGGUUUGUGUCCACUUCACAGACCUGGGUCUUAUUCAUUAGUCACCAAAUGAAAGAAAAUGUAAUGAAACAGGGACGGACUACUUGAAAUUGUCUAAUAAGAAACACUUUUCGUUUACUGUUGCAAACAAUUCUGCUAUAGUGUGCCCUAAUGAAUACUGCCCUCUGUGUGAGUGUCAGGUGGGUCAAAGGGGUGGGAUGUUGACAUACCCUAUUACUUCCUCAUUUUUUAAUAAUUGUUACACCCCCCCCCCCCCUUUGAUUUGCGCAAAAUCGAAACGUACUGUAUUUACACUGGAUGGAAUCUUGAUGACUGUUUGUGGUUCUAAUAUGUAGAUAGAAUAAAAACCCUGUAGAGUUCAUGUUAAUAUAACACUAUGACAGGAGUUCAUAUUGAUAUAACACUAUGACAGGAGUUCAUGUUAAUAUGAUAACACUAUGACAGGAGUUCAUAUUGAUAUAACACUAUGACAGGAGUUCAUAUUGAUAUAACACUAUGACAGGAGUUCAUGUUAAUAUGAUAACACUAUGACAGGAGUUCAUGUUAAUAUGAUAACACUAUGACAGGAGUUCAUAUUGAUAUAACACUAUGACAGGAGUUCAUAUUGAUAUAACACUAUGACAGGAGUUCAUGUUAAUAUGAUAACACUAUGACAGGAGUUCAUAUUGAUAUGAUAACACUAUGACAGGAGUUCAUAUUGAUAUAACACUAUGACAGGAGUUCAUGUUAAUAUGAUAACACUAUGACAGGAGUUCAUGUUAAUAUGAUAACACUAUGACAGGAGUUCAUAUUGAUAUAACACUAUGACAGGAGUUCAUGUUAAUAUGAUAACACUAUGACAGGAGUUCAUAUUGAUAUGAUAACACUAUGACAGGAGUUCAUAUUGAUAUAACACUAUGACAGGAGUUCAUAUUGAUAUAACACUAUGACAGGAGUUCAUGUUAAUAUGAUAACACUAUGACAGGAGUUCAUGUUAAUAUGAUAACACUAUGACAGGAGUUCAUAUUGAUAUAACACUAUGACAGGAGUUCAUGUUAAUAUGAUAACACUAUGACAGGAGUUCAUGUUAAUAUGAUAACACUAUGACAGGAGUUCAUAUUGAUAUGAUAACACUAUGACAGGAGUUCAUGUUAAUAUUAUAACACUAUGACAGGAGUUCAUGUUAAUAUGAUAACACUAUGACAGGAGUUCAUGUUAAUAUGAUAACACUAUGACAGGAGUUCAUGUUAAUAUGAUAACACUAUGACAGGAGUUCAUGUUAAUAUGAUAACACUAUGACAGGAGUUCAUAUUGAUAUGAUAACACUAUGACAGGAGUUCAUGUUAAUAUGAUAACACUAUGACAGGUGUUCAUAUUGAUAUGAUAACACUAUGACAGGAGUUCAUGUUAAUAUGAUAACACUAUGACAGGAGUUCAUGUUAACACUAUGACAGGAGUUCAUGUUAAUAUGAUAUAACCAUGACCUACACUAUAUGGCUACACAUGAAUGAAUACAUACUGAACAAAAAUAUAAACGCAACAUGCAACAAUUUCAAAGAUUUUACUGAGUUACAGUUCAUUUGAGGAAAUCAGUCAAUUCAAAUAAAUUCAGUAGGUCCUAAUCGAUGGAUUUCACAUGACUGGGAAUACAGAUGUGCAUCUAUUGGUCACAGAUACCUUAAAAAAAAGUAGGGGCAUAGAUUAAAAAACCAGUCAGUAUCUGAUGUGACCAUUUGCCUCAUGCAGCGCGACACAUCUCCUUCGCAUAGAGUUGAUCAGGCUGUUUGUCAUCUGCCCGGUACAGUUGAAACCGGGAUUGAUCCGUGAAGAGCACACUUCUCCAGCAUGCCAGUGGCCAUCGAAGGUGAACAUUUUCCCACUGAAGUCGGUUACGACCCUUGUGAGGACGACGAGCACGCCGAUGAGCUUCCCUGAGACGGUUUCUGACAGUUUGUGCAGAAAUUCUUUGGUUGUGCAAACCCACAGUUUCAUCAGCUGUCCGGGUGGUUGGUCUCCAGCCGAUCCCGCAGGUGAAGAAGCCGGAUGUGGAGGUCAAGGACUGGCAUGGUUACACGUAGUCAGCGGUUGUGAGGCCAGUUGAACAUACUACUAAAAAAAACAUGUGACAUUGGAGGCUUAUGGUAGAGUAAUACACAUUACAUUCUCUGGCAAGAGAUCUAGUGGACAUUCCUGCAGUCAACUGCACGCUCCCUGAAAACCUGAGACAUCUGUGGCAUUGUGUCAUGACAACACUGCACAUUUUAGAGUGGCUUUUUAUUGUCCUCAGCACAAGGUUUUGUAAUGAGCAUACUGUUUAAUCAGAUUCUUGAUGUGUCACAUCUGUCAGGUGGAUGGAUUAUCUUGGAGAAAUGCUCACUAACAGGGAUGCAAACAAAUUUGUUCCCAAAAUAUGAGCGAAAUAAUCUUUUUGUGCGUAUGGAACAUUUCUGGGAUCUUUUAUUUCAACUCACGAAACAUGGGACCAAUGCUUUACAUGUUGCGUUUAGAUUUUUGUUCAGUGUAGGUCCAUCUUUUUCAUGGAGGUUAUUACAGGGAGCACAUAUAUUGUAGGUUUCUGUUGUGAAGGGAGAGGUGAGACGGAGAGAAUAGGAGAUGACAUAAAUGGGGACUGGUGGAGAUUAGUUUCAUGGUGAGCUUUGUGAGUUUAUUUUACUGAAAAAAAAAGCCUCUGCACUCGAUAUGAAUGGAGCUGUGAUGUGUUUGUCUGCGUGGGGAGUGGAGUGGUACUUGUGUGACAUUUCAGCAUGGCCGACACUUGUGUGGGUGUUCAUUUCUUUGUCACAAGUUGCUUGUUUUUUUUAACUUUGAAAACAAAGAACAUUAGGACAUCAGCACAAAUUAGGAGUCUGGUUCAUACUCCUAUUUAUUGUUUAGCUUGCCAGAUUAUUAUUUUAAGUGGCAGGUUUUCACAAAGUAGGAGCUAAAGGCAAUGAAACAUUUUGUGGCGUAUGUAAGGAAGUCAAUAAAACUACUUUUUUUUGGAACGUC